AUGGGUAGAGGCAGAGGGAAAGGGAAAAAGUUUACUGUAACAAAUCACGAUGAUCCUGAAAGUGGUGAGGAAGAAAAAAUUCCUGCACAGAAGAGACGGGGAAGGCCCCAGAAACCAAUCGUUGAUGAGAUUGAGGAAGAAGAAGCUGAAAAGAUAGAAGAGGAAGACACCGAAAAUGCAAAGAAUGGUGUGCCUAGCAAAGAUAUCAAAAGUUCAAGUGCAGCAGAGAAUGGGAAGAAGAGGAAGCGGAAUCCACAAGUGAAGGAGAAGUCAGAUUCAGUAAAAGACGAAAAUGGCCCCAGAUCAAGCACUGAGGAUUCUACCAAGUCCAAUGGUUUUCGUCACAAUGGGAGCAGGCGGAAAAACAAGCCUCGUCGAGCCGCCGAAGCAGGUGUUGAGUGCAAAUGA